UAGUUUCUAAUUGGGCCGGGCCGAGACUACGAGACGUCAUCUCUCCCCCGAAACCAAUCCCGUCGCGGCGGUUCUGCCAUGGCGAUCAUGGCCGUAGCCACUCUCUUUCACGCCCGUUUCCCUCUUCUCGUCCGUCGCAGUCUCCCGUCUCCGUCGUCUCCGUCUUCUGUUACUUUCUAUCGCAGGACUGUUCUCUCCGAUGGAUUCAGCUACCGACUACGCUCGAUUCUCCGUUAUUCAUCCUCCGACGGCGGCGGCGAAAUUGGCAGUGGCGUUAAUGAUUCCGGUAUCGUUGCUUCGGAAGUUCAGAGUCCUAAUUACCUGAAGUUUACAGACGAAGAGUUGAUGAAGCAAUGCAAAUUCGAGACAUUCAGAGUAUCAGGGCCCGGAGGACAGCACCGGAACAAGCGAGACUCCGCCGUUCGACUUAAACACCUCCCCACCGGAAUCGUCGCUCAGGCCGUCGAGGACCGUUCGCAGCACAAGAACCGGGCUUCUGCUCUUAACCGGCUUCGCACGCUCCUCGCCAUCAAAUUGAGGAACAAAGUGGACAUUGAAGCCUAUUCUCCUCCUCCGGAGCUUCUUCAGAUCCUACCUCCAAAGUCCACCAUCAGAACUUCUUCUGGUUCACAAAUUGGUCCCAACAAUCCUAAAUUCGUACCUGGAAUGCAAGCUUUGCUUGAUGUUGUUUCUGCUUCUGAUGGUUCUAUCUCCGAUUCUGCCAAAUUGCUUGGUUUGAGCACUGGUGGCUUAUCUCGAUUAAUACUCUCUCAUGAUGGUCUUCGUAUGGCAGUCAAUAGCAUGAGAGCAGCCAAGUUUUAUCUUGGCAUGAAGCUAUCUGAAACGAUGUGUGGUUCUGUUUCCUGCAAACAAGUCUGUGUGCGGAUGUGCAUGAAAUGCAUGCUUGUCUUCCUUCUGUGCCAUCUCUCUCCUUCCUUCUAUAGUUACUUAGCUAUUCAUAGUCGGUGGUUGCAGCAUUGUUUUAUAGGGAAUGAAGCCUCUCAAAUAGUUGGCAUGUACUGGCAUUUGGAAAAUGAUGUUCAGGCUGUAUUUGGGUUGCUACUGCAUUACAAGGCUUACAGUGACUACGAUUUCAUUCCUUAUUUUGUAUACAAAACAAAGGUGAAAUAUUGAGUUUCAGUCUUACGUUUGUUCUUCUAACAUUAUAACAAUAGUCACGGAUUUGAGAUGAUAUAUACUAUAGGCUGUUCAAAUAUUUGUUCGUCCCCUUUUGUUAUGAUUGUGUUAGAAGCUAUACAGUUGGAACUAAUUUGGAUUCGUUUUCUUCCUCUCUGUCUUUCUUCUUUUUAAUGAAAUCAAUCCUGUUGGCGGUGUAAGUGGAAGAGGCA